CUUACAGAAACUCACUUAUGGAUCACAUUUGUUAUAGUCGCUUGUUAUUUAGUGCUUUUACCUAUGUGGGUAGCUAUUGUGCUCAAAAAUAAAUAUACGCGGUCGGUACUGAAGAGUGGCUGGGUGCCGGUACUCUCGGCGCUAUGUAUUAGUGGCCUCGGCGGUCUCGUGCUUGAUGCUGCUGUGGAAAUAUUCGAUGGCUUUGUUGUCUUUCAACCGAUUAUCAAUGGUAUUGGUGGUAAUUUGGUAUCGGUGCAAGCGAGUAAAAUCUCAACCAUGCUGCAUCAGAGUUCCAUUAUUGGCAUCAUUCCGCCGCAUACGAAAAUCUUCGAAUGGCCAUGGAAGGCGCUUUUCAAAGGAGUUCCCUAUGCUAAAACGGCGCGUAUUCUCCUUGGCAUGUCGAUUCCCGGUAAUGUUGUGUUCGUGUUUGUUGCCGAUUACAUACACAUGUCAACAACGACGGUUACCUUUGCUUUCGUAGCGGCAUUCCUCUUGGCGAGCUUAAUACAG